AUGUGCUACCUCGUGGUCGAAAGAUACUCAGUUUGUCGCUGCCUCUACUACCAGCACAGCGUUGAUAUGUGCGCGGCGUAUGGUACGCAAGGCCAUGGAAUUCAAGAGAGAACGGUUUUGGUCGGAUAUGCUUGCGAAAAACACUCCUCAACACACCAAUCAUACCAAGAUCCAUAUGCGCGAGAAGACUACUCAGACUCUGGAUAUCACACAGCCAGUCAAAGUUCGCAUACACACUCAUCUAGACAAUAUCGCAGAUGA